UAGUAACCGCUUGGUGCCGCCUGUGGGAGAGAAACACGGAAGAGUUCAUUCAAGGCGUUUGGGGUUCCACACGGACACACGUACACGAGUUUCUCCCGGUAAACAUGCUCCCGUGAGGCUUCUCCAAUGUGCCCUCGCGUUUUACUCUCAUUCGCAGCGGUUUUAAGUGGAGAUGUCUGGACACACAUUACUGAAUGGACUGAUUCUCUUAUAUUCAAUUCACCCGCUCUUGCUCGCCGAAAAACCGGAUGAUGGCUGUGGUCAUUAUGUUCUGGGCCAAGAGAGUGGUGUCCUGUCCUCCAAGAACUACCCAGGAACUUAUCCCAACAACUCCUGGUGUGAAUGGCGGAUCCACGUACCAAUUGGCCACACUAUUGUCCUUAAAUUUGGAGACCUGAACAUGGAGAAGAAGGGCUGCGAGACUGACCAUUUAAAGGUUCUGAAAGGAUCAUAUGGGAUGGAAAAUGUUUUCUGGGAGUACUGUGGUGAUUCGAUGCCCAACACUACACAGGUCCACACGGACUCCAGCGAACUGAUUGUCCGCUUUCGUAGCAGCCAGCACAUCUCUGGAAGAGGAUUCCUGCUUUCAUACUCCACAGAAAACCACAAAGAGCUGCUGACAUGCUUGGACAGAGGCAGUCAUUUCCCAGCAGCAAAAUACAGGUUAUUCAGGAAGUACUGUCCGGCCGGAUGUGCAGCGGUGACGGGAGAUGUGUCUGGGGACUUAUCCCUGGGCUACAGACAUACAUCAGUUUUGUGUAAAGCAGCGGUGCAUGCUGGGGUCAUCAUGGACCAGUUCGGAGGACCAAUCACUGUGGAGGAGUGCCGAGGGCUCAGUCAUUACCCUGCGGUCAGAGCCAACGGCAUCCAGUCAAUAGAUGGCUCGUUGUCUGAAUCCCUCUUCACAUUUGUGACAAACGAUUGCAGUCAACAGAGUGUUCUUCAACCUGUGAGCACUACUACAAACUUGUCAUCACAUAAUACCUCCUCUGACGGGACUGAAGUUGAGUGGUUUCCUAACAGCACCCAACCAGGUGUCUCUGAUGACCUUAACAAUAAGCAUCCAAAAUCGCUUCAGAUUGACCUUGGAGAAAAGAGGAGGAUCACAGGUAUUCUGACCACAGGCUUGACCAUCGCAGGCUUCGAAUAUUUUGUGAAAAACUACAAGAUCGAAUACAGAGAGAGGAACCGUUGGCGAACAUUUGUCCAGUAUAAUAAUACUGAUGAUAUGAUCUUUGAAGGAAAUACUGACAGUCUCCACCAAACACGCAACACCUUUCAUCCCUCCAUCGUAGCACGAAGUAUUCGAAUCAUACCUCAGCAGUGGCAUCGGAUUAUCGCUAUGAAAGUGCAGCUACUGGGCUGUCCUUACGUUAAACCCAUCCCAGUGAAUUCAUCGUCGCCGGUGACACAGGAGGUCCGGCCUACACAGUCCAUUCACAAUGACAUGACCAAACCAGUGGCCUCUCAAGCUGAUCUUGUUAAUCUGAUCGUGAUAAUUGUGCCCACCAUUCUCCUUGUGGUCUUGCUUCUGGUGGGAAUCUACGUGGUUAAAAUGCUAUACAAUAAGAAGACAAAGGAGAACACGUAUGGCUCUGCAGAGACGCAUACAGGCUGUUGGAGACAGAUAAAACAGCCAUUUGCCAGGCACCAGUCCACAGAGUUCACCAUCAAAUACAGCUCUGAGAAAGACCCCAUCCAGAAGCUGGACCUGGUAACCAGUGCAAUGGCAGCUGAGUACCAGCAGCCUCUCAUGCUCGGCACGGACACUGUGUCCCGAAAAGGCUCGACAUUCAGACCCAUGGACACCGAGGCCAAAGACAAAGACAUCGAGGCUUCUUCUCACUACGACCACCUGCAAACAGGAAUCCAGUACGCCCUCCCGCUGACCAAUCAGGAGCCAGAAUACGCCACGCCCAUCAUCGAGCGCCACGCUUUCCGCAAAGAUCCCUUCCUUCCAGAUCCCAGCUACAGCGUCCCAGGCGUGGUACUAAACAAAAGCCCGUCGUUCCGAGCGGUGGAGGGCAGCAACUGUAGAAAAGUGAUCGGAGGCCUGGCCGGGGGCUAUCAGAUGCCCCAUGCCAAAACGGACAGGGGGAAUUACCCAGAGGACAUCUACGACAGCCCUAAAAUCCGAAAGCCCGUGGUUCAAAACGGGAGCUGCUCAGAGUACCAGAGACCCCAGGUUAAAUCCCCGGUUCGAGAGUGCUAUUCCACUCCCAGAGACUGCGUCAGACUGCCUUUCGCCGGAUACAGACCCGACCCGGAGGGCAGUAGGUCCGACCCGGAGGGCAGCAGCUCUGAAGGAAGCUGAGAAGAACCAUACUGUGAUGUGCCUGAUUUACAUGACUCAACAAAAUCACCUCCAGACUCUACUUAACUUAUUUGUGCAUGAGGGACAGCUUGUUUUUGCAUUUAUGCGGAGGACAUAACAGAUGCGACGAGUAUAUAUGAUGUACUUUGUCUUGACGAAUCAAGAUUUUGUUUUAAAUCAAAUACAAUAUGCAGAGAUUUGAAGGGGACAGUGCGUUCAUUCUCUACUCGGACAAACUGUGAAUCGAGCCAGGUUUUCACUUAUUCCACAAUGUGACCAUCAUCUCAGUCUUCUCAGACUCUGCUUUGAACAUCCCUAAAAGACAAUUUAACUGAUUUUUCCGCCCGCUUUGCUUUAAGAUGUCAGUAGUAUAUGUAAAUGUGCAAUAUAUGUAAAUUCGUUCUCUGUUACUUCCCUGUUUAUUGGCCAGCAAAAGACUUUUGACAACCAUGUGAUGUGUUUUGCGUAAUCUGGCAAACUUUUGCUAACAUAAACUAGUAUAUUUGGGUGCAGGCAACAUGGAGAAACUGUAAGAUUUUUAAUGUUUUUUUUUUGUUGUUGUUGUUUUUUUUAAGAAUUAUUGUCUGCUCACCAAGCCUGCAUUUAUUUGAUCCAAAACACAGCAAAUGCAGUAAUAUUGUAAAAUAUUUUACUAUUUAAAAUAACUGCUUUCUAUUUAAAUAGAUUUUAAAAUAUAAUUUAUUCCUGUGAUCAAAGCUAAAUUUUAACCAUCAUUACUCUAGGCUUCAGUGACACAUGAUUUUUCAGAAAUCAUUCUAAUAUGCUAAUUUGCUGUUCAAGAAACUUUAUUAUUAUUAUUAUUAUUAUUAUUAUUAUCAAAAUUUAAAACAGUUGAUAAAUUUGUUUUAGGAUUCUUUGAAUAAAAAGAUCCAAAGAUUAGCAUUUAUCUAAAAUAAAAAAGACUUUGUAACAUUAUAAACCAUACAAUUAAAAAGCUUGGAGUCAGCAUAUAUAUAUAAUGACCAUAUAUUUUUUUAAACAGCCAAUCAGAAUAUUAGAAUGAUUUCUGAAGGAUCAUGUGACUGGAGUAAUGAUGCUAAAAAUUCAGCAUUGAAAUCACAGAAAUAAAUUCCAUUUGAAAAUAUAUUAAAAUAGAUACCAGUCAUUUUAACUAGUUAAAAUAUUUCACAAUUUUUCUAUUUUUGCUGUUCUUUGGAUCAAAUAAAUGCAGGCUUGGUGAGCAGAAAAGACUUCUAAGACAUUUUUAAAAUAACAUUCAAAAUCUUACUGUUUAAAAACUUUUGACUGGUAGUGUACAUUUAUAUGAAAUUGGCAAUGUUUCCUUUAACCAUUAUACUGAAGUCUACAGGCAGAAUAUAUUAAAAAGAAGUAGGAGAUCUUUGGGAACUGGAUUAAUGCAAGUCUCUAAACCAAUCAAAACACAUGAAAUGAGUUAAAAACAAGUUUAAAGUAGCCUAACACCAUCUAAACUGGAAGCAAGAUGCAUGUCGAAAUGAUGAUGUGGAAGUGAUCUGGUUUUGACAAUUACACACUUUUCCAAGUGUAUAUUGGGUGUGAGGGUUGGUUAGAUUCAGCUGUUUUGGAUCAUUUUUCAUCCGUCAUUCUGCUGUAGGCAAUUGCAUUGUUGAAUCUCAAAAUUCCAUGUGAAAACUGGCUGUUUAAAGCAAUAACGGACUAAAAUUGCUUAUUUGAUACUGAUUUUAUUUGUAUUGUCCAUAGGAGUAUACAUAUGUACAGUUUUGAAAUGUAUAUUUAGUUAAAAAACAAAAAGAGAUGUUACUUUGUGCAUUCGAUGGUUAUUUAAAGGGACAGUUCACUCCAAAUGUGUUGUUUAUUCAUUCUCAUUUCAUUCCAAACCCGCAUGACUUACUUUCUUCUAUGGAACAUGAGAAGAAAUAAUAAAAAAUGCGUUUCCCAUAAUUAAAUUGAAACUUUUUAUUUCCACGGAAGAGAUAAAGUCAUCGUGGUUUUGGAGUGAAUGAUGACUAUAUUUUCGUUUUCACAUGGACUAUCCCAAGCAUCCGUAAGAUCUGUGAGUUGCUGCUGUUUAAGGGACAAUCCCUGUUAAAGAUUACUGGCAGGUCUUAAUUUCUGUGAAAUGUUUUGGGGGAUGUGCUCGGGGACUGAUGGUUAAUGUUUGAUAUGCCUGUGAGGAUCUGGUCAUGCUGGUGUGUUGAAGUGCUUUGUCACUGAGAAUCUCAGUGCUGUGUUUGUGCUUGUCUAAACCCUGAUUAAAAGCACCAGUAGUUCAAACCUGUCCUGUGAUGGUUGCCUUGCUUUAAAAUGGGCAAAUGACUUGAAAAAUGUGAUUAUGUAAGUAUUUGGUGAAAGCAGGAUGUCACACGUGGGGUGUCCUUGUGGGACAGUGAUCAGGAAUGUAACGGUGGGGUGUUAGUUAUGGGGCAGCAGCUGAUGACCCUGCUGUUUAAAUCUACCGUUCAGGCGCCCUGUAUCACAUUUCCCAACCAACGUAUGUAACAUUAAAGCACGGCAGUGAAUCCCUGGCCCGAUCUACUUCCAUAAAUGUUAAUAUGAGUCCAUGUGUAUUUGCUUCUGGUAUAGAAAUGCAAUCAUACAGGAAGGAAGAACAGCAUUUACCAUAUUUUUAGGGUAGAAAAUAUGGUAAAUAUAUAUUAACCUGUAAAGCAUGCAACAAAAAACUAACAAUCAUUAUAUUAUAUAUAAGUCUUACUCAGCUGCAGGUCAGGAG